CAUCCAGUCACCAUGCUUUUACUUUGAAAAGUCGACACCUUGUCGAAACAUCACCACCGCAAACUUUACGGUUGUUUUCCCGCAAAGCUUUUCCGGUUGCACAGGUUUGAAGUCGGCUGAUUUUCUGUCUGCGUGUCGUCAACUUUUUUUUUUUAACAUUUUUUUAUUUAGGGCACUUUCGUUUCCUCUUUUCACGCUUCCCCCUAACAACAAGAUCUCCUCCUUGAACUCGUGUGUAGGAUUAUCGUCAGGAAGUCAUGACGAGUUUGUGACGAAGGUAACAAAAAAAGAAAAAGAAAGGCACUCCUGAUCAGGAAGCGGCUAGUUAUGAUUUCACCAAUUCACAGUCUUAUGUCUAUAUCUGUAUGUACACCGAGGGCAAAGUACAAUCAGAAUCAGCAGCUCUGUUCUAAAGGUGGCAGUAGUGUAUGAGAAAGCUCUACAAUGUGGACUGAUAAGCAAAGAGGAAUCAGAGUCACUCAGGAGGAGCUGCUCUGCAAGAACGCCUGUGGGUAUUAUGGAAACCCUGCAUGGCAAGGCUUCUGCUCUAAGUGCUGGAGGGAGAGAGCACGUCCAGCUGGAGCCCAGAAACAAGACCCAAGGCUGAGCAAUGAUGGAACUCCUCUCACCUUCUCCAAAUUUGAGGAGAAGAAAAGCACAGAGAAAGGUCGUCGAAUUAACACAAUGAGGAGACUCUUCUGGGGCAGCCCGUCACCUCCAAAGCGUCAAGAGUCUCCUGAAACCUAUACAAAUGUGUUAAAAGCCUACCAGAGCCUCGAGCCUGGGGACUUCCCUGGUUUUCUAAAGAUACUUCGGAGCUCUUCCUCCCAGCGCUUGCAGUCCCGAUGUACAGCUUUCCUCAACACAAUGGAGGCUUACCAUGGUCUUCCGGUACAGAAGCAGUCAGAUCUCGUGCAAGAUUUCUACCAGUCUUUUGCUGAAUAUUUUAGCAGUUUUCCCGAAGCCCAGGUCACUCAGAUAAUGGAGCAUGUGGAGAAGUUAAUAAUGACAAGGUUGCACAAAUGGGUUUUCUGCCAUGACAGCUGUGAUGAUGAACAGAAGGACCUGGCUCUCCAGAGAAGAAUACGCUCCUUAAACUGGGUUACUCCACAGAUGCUGAGCGUACCUUUUCCUGAUAAAAAGACUGCCGUCACAGGCGACCCCUUUCUGCCUGCUAUAACAGCCAUAAUUGAGAUGGAUGCUAAACGAGCGCCUCAAGACAAACUUGCAUGUGUGUCCAAAUGCAGUCAGCAUGUCUUUGAAGCGCUCUCCACCUCGAGUAGUGAGCCCGCUAAUGCUGAUGACUUCCUGUCAGGCCUGAUAUAUGUGGUGCUCAAGGCUAAUCCACCUCGCCUACACUCCAACAUGCAAUAUGUGAUACGUUUUGGUCUCCCUCACAGUCUGAUGGCAGGAGAAAGCGGCUACUAUUUCACAAAUCUGUCUUGUGCGGUGGCAUUCAUUGAAAAACUGGAUGGACCGGCACUCAACCUCAGCGCAGAAGAGUUUGAGGGCUACAUGUUGCGUCGGCGUGCUCCCUCUGUAAGAAACAAGAGGCAGCAGGCUGCCCGUGACACACAACACCUGUUAGAAGAGCUACAAGGCAGACAGGAGAAGCUGGACCAAGGGGUGGAUGCUCUCAACGUGCAGCUACAGCAGUGGGUCAAAUCAAUUCAUUCACAACUGGAUGAAGCAACAACCCAGUUUGCUCUGGUACAGAAGGAGAUAAUAGCUCAGGCUGAGCUCUCAUCCUCAUCUCAUGAUGCAUCACUGCAAGGAGAUGACAAAGACCAGUCAGUGCUGGUGCUUGUGGAUAAAAAUGCAGGUCCAAAAGAUACAGACUGUUAGUUAUAUUAACAAAAACACCUAAUCUGGUACUUGACUCUUUUUAAUCAUCAGCACUAACUCAUGUUUCAGCAGAACAAACAGAUUUAUAUUCCAAUACCCAUUUGCACACAAGUUUGUGUGGAGGGAUUGGUAAGCUAGUUGAACAUGAAGGAAACUGUUUCCAUUUAGUAUCACAGGGCACACAGAGGUCUUUAAUUACUGUGUUAAAAAAUACUUUGCACUUGGGAUGAAGGAUGAAGGCCAUUAAAAAACAUUUAUAGUACAUAUAUAAGCACUCAGGGUACACAGCACUUGAGGACUACAGAGGAGCUUAUCUAAUAUUCACUUCUAAUACCAAUGUGCCUAUAAGUAGACAACUGUGAAACUGUAAAAUAUGCUACAGGAGAAGAAGCAAGAUGGCAGAUGUGGACCACUACAAGUCGGAGUGUGUUUCUAGUCAAAACAUGUUUUUCAGAGUUGUGUAACUGUACUCAACGUAUGCUGCCUUUUACUGUUUGUACAAAAGAUGAAUUACCAGGUGCAAAACAAUUUAUAACACAUUUUACCAUCUGCGUUUGUGCGCAGAAGGCGUUUACAACUGUUGGAAGGUUUCUUAAAAAAUUAAAGGGGUUUAUGUCAUGAUCGAUGUUUGCAUCCAAUAUUAUAUUAAAGCUGACUUAUAUGAUCUAA